AGUUCAGAUGGAAAGGACUAAAUGGACCGUUGGAACGUAUCCCAGAGGUUUUCUUCUCGUUCUGCUCUGACCCGUCGCCCCUCCGAGUCGGUGACCCACGUGAGGAGGAAGAGGAGGGCUCGUUUCUGUCGCAGCUCAGCCCGCACGGUGGGGUUCGUGCGGGGCACGCGAGUGGGAUUAUUUUUUUCAGUUUGGUUUAAGUAUUUCUUUAUUGACCUUUUGGACCCUGAUAUUUUAUAAACUGGACAAUCGAUUCCGGUUUCGGUGAGAAAUUACACGCCUAUGAUGUUCAACAUUUCUGCAGAUGGAGGUUCAUCUUCUGAAAAUUUAGAGGAUUUUGACUCCAUCCGGAGUGUUCUCCUUUACAGUGACCUGGAACCAGAAUGGCUUGACGACAUCCAGAAGAAUGGGGAGCUUUUCUACCUGGAGCUGAGUGAGGGCGAAGAGGAGGCCGCAUUGGCCCAAGCCGCCGCCGCCGCCGGCCAAGGCGUGUCCACCAAUCACGUUCGCUUUAGCGAAGAGAAGGCCGAGGUCAUCACUGAGCAGCAGCAGCAGCAGCAGCAGCAGCAGCAGAAGAAGAAGAAGAAGAAUCAGCAGCCACGCGGCUCGCGAGGGAACAGUGAGCCCACUCUCAAGAGGUUAGCCAGGAUCCUGAGGAGAACACGCCGGCCAUCUCAGCACGGAGCAGGAGAAGAAGAAGGAGAAGAAGGAGAAGAAGGAGGAGAUGGAAAGGAUCGAGGCAAAGACGCCUCGACUUCAUCACCUCCAGCCUCAAUCCUCAAGAACCAGCCCGGUCAAAGGCCCGGCGUGACGGCCCAGCAGCAGUUGAAGGAAGUGUGCGUCUACCUGAACCCGAAACGCCUCGGAGGUCCAUCCACCCCUCUGGCUGAGGGCGGGGGGCUGCUGGAGGCGCUGCUGGGGGUGGUGCACCGCGCCUCGCGGAGCAGAAGCCGGGAGGAAAGACUCACCGUUUGUGGAUUCGUACCCAACGGCCCGGCCGCCAAAUGUGGCCAAAUUCUGAUAGGUGACGCGCUCGUAGCAGUGGACGAUGUGGACGUGACUUGUGAGAACAUCGAGAGGGUUCUGUCCUGCAUCCCGGGGCCGACGCAGGUGAGGCUGACGUUGGAGACGGCGCCUCAGGUCGACGGUGGCGACGGCGGCGCCGACGCUUCGGCGGGCCGCAAGGCGAAGGCGUCUGCUCCCCCAGUCAGCCAGCUGGUGCGUCUGCUGUGGGGAGAGGACACGGCGGAACUCCAGAUGUCCAUCGGACACGUCCCGCACAUCGCCAUGUUCCUCUCCCUCAAGCUGGACUCGGCGUCGCCGCAGGAAGAGGAGGAGAUCCUGUACCAGUACCCGUCCUCCGAGGCGUCCGGCCAGCUGAAAGGGGUGAGGGGCAUCUUCCUCACGCUGUGUGACAUGCUGGAGAAUGUCACGGGGGGGCGCAUCCUCAGUUCUUCUCUCCUUCUCGGGAAGCGGCUGGUUCACGUGGGCUACUGGAAGGAGAGCGGUUACCUGUUGGUCAUCGGCCUUCCUGCGGACAGGGUCCCGCUGCUGUACCUGCAGACGGUGGUGGGAGACGUGGUGCGCACGCUGAAAGUGAUGUACGGCUCCUUGGACAGGGCGUUCCGUGAGGUGGACCACGCUCCCAGGUUGGACCACUUUUUCUGCCUGUUCUUCCAGCAGCUCAUCCAGCCGCUGCGCCUGAGGGACGGCGCCUCAGCGACCGCCGAUGUCUCGGGGACGCUUUUCCUCGACGGACUGCCAGCGGUCCGAUGGCUCACGCUGCCUCCGGAAAUCAAGAUGGAGGUGGAGACUGUGCUUUCUGAUUUCGAGUCUUCUGAUUUUCGUGAAAUGUCUGAGGACUUUUUUGGCCUGAGGCGUCUGUACCUGAUUCUCGGCUCCUGUUUGUUCUACAAGUCCUACCUGAUAGCCAACCAUCUGCCCAAGGAGGACCUGCUGGACGUGUGCCUGUACUGCCAGCACUACUGCCUGCUGCCGCUGGCCUCUGAGCAGCGGGUGGGUCAGCUGGUCAUCUGGAGGGAGGUGUUCCCCCAGCAGAGAUCCAGCAGCAGCAGCAGCACGGCGCCCGGCUACAGCCAGCCUGAAGGACGUCACUUCCUCCUCAUCGUUGGAUUGAGGCACUUCAUGCAGUGUGUGCUGUUGGAGGCGGGUGGCUGUGCUUCACCAGCUCUGGGGUCUACAGGACCCGAUUGUGUUUACGUGGAUCAGGUGAAGGCCACACUGCUGCAGCUGGAGGCGUUGGAAGCGGGCAUUGAGGAGCGUCUCAACGCUCCGCCAACUCCCUGCCUGUCCUGUGCCGACUGGUUCCUCCCUGCUGCCUCCUCCUCCGCCUCCUCCUCCUCCUCCUCCCCCGUCUUCAGCAAGCUAGCGGGGGCUGUGAAAGGCUCCUCGUCCUCCAGGUCCAGAGGCCGCAGCCUGUUUGGGGAGAAGGCCCGGAGGUCCAGCCCCCAGAGGAGCCUGGCUGACGGCGGCAGCGAGGGACAGACGGACGCCGGCUCGGGAUCGGGUCUGGCUCCGGGCCUCAGUCCGCAUUCCACCCCGGACUCUGCGAGGAAGCUGGGGGGGCGCCGGGACUCGUUGGGAUCUGCGGGGUCCGAUGGCAGCGGAGGCCUCUUCAAGAUCCCCAGAAUGAAGCACCCAAACCCGUUCUACCUGGGCACCCUGAAGAAGACCCUGACUGAGAGGGAGGCGGAGGAGAUGUACAACACCACAAAAUUGACCUCAGGUGCAGAGAACUCCUUGUUCCACUACGUCUUGAUGGAAACCGUUCAGGGCAUCUUCAUCGCUCCGACUCACAGGGAGGUGGCUCAGCUCAGCGGCUCCAUCCACCCACAGCUCAUCCGCAACUUCCACCACUGCUGCCUCUCCAUACGGGCGGCAUUCCAGCAGAGCCUGCCCGCCAAGGGCCGGCGGGCUGCGGACCGGCCUCGGGGCGCGGGGUGGGGUCUGGGUCCCGUGAAGGAACAGGGGGUCCUGUUUCAGUGUAAACCCGAAAACUGGACCGACCAGAGGAAGCCCGCUCCCACCAUGACUUACUGGGUCAUAGGGUACGUCGCCUUUUCCCUAUUUUGGAUAUACACAGACCCCUAUCACGGAAGGGAAGGGAUUCAAGUGAAAGCCCUUCCUUCCUCAUGUGCCCACCUUGCAGGCGCAUGCUGCUGGAGCCCGUCCCUCAGGAGUUCUACGUGUGCUUCCAUGACUCGGUGGCAGAGGUUCCGGUGGAGAUGGCCUUCAGACUCUCCUUUGGCCUGGCCUUGUGAUCUCAACAUCGCGGACUCUCCGCCUCACAACAUUUCCUGUUACACCUAAUUUGAGUUGAGGAUAAAGCCUCUUCUGCUGAGAGAAAGUUAGCACCUGUAAAACUUUACCAAGUUCAACCAAUUAAUGGACGAGUCUCCAUGGAAACGGGACAGAUCAGGUUUUCUUUGCUGUGUUCCAAAGCUGUUACUUAAUUUAACGUGUACAGUUUUGUAUGGGAAUUGACACAUUUCUCAAAAGAUUUAAAGAUUAAAGAAGGAAUAUGGUUUGUUUUUUUUCUUUUACAACCUCUAAACAUGAUUGUGGAAAUGUUUUCUUUCAUAUGUGACAAAUGUUAAAUAAAUAUGUAGUCUUCAACAAACAGGAAAUCAUAAUAUUAUUUUUUUCACAUUUUUUAAAUUCUUAUUUUAUAAAGUACAUAAUU